CGUGUAGCGAUAGUAAGCACUAAAGCUGGCAUCAUUGUCUAGUGCAAACAGCUGUUUAUUAUAAAUAAAAACAAAUCUAAAUGUGUUGCUUGCGCGGUAAAAAUUAGAGUUUAUUUUAUUAAUUACACUAUAUUAAUAAACCAAGCGUGCUUCUGAAAAGUUUUGAUUAAGAAUACGAAAUUGAUUGAAAUGAAUUGUAUUUUGAGCAUGUUUUAAUUAGUAUUUUGUCCUCAGUGCCUAAGUUGCAGCAGCUAAAUAUCAAAGUUUUAUUUAGAUUUAUAAACAAAACAAUGCGUUUUCGUCGAUGUUUUGCUCAUUGCCCUCGUGGCGCCGUCGUAUACCCAUUUCCACCAAAAACUGAUGUAGCCAGGCGGGAUCUCUGGAUACGACAAUUUGGUGAAAAACCAGAGAACUUUAAACAGAAACAUUUGUACGCAUGCCGGCGGCAUUUCAGCUCAUAUAUGACGUAUGGUAGACUGCUGCGAAAGAAUGCCUAUCCUGAUGUAAAUUUGUAUCCAUACGACAGUGAGAAUCCCUACACACAAAGAUACAGCUAUUACAAACCUGGUGUGAGACCCGAUCCGAUUUGGCAUGAUAAUCUCGAUGAUACAGUGGCGGUGCCACCGAAAGAUUGUGGCGAUGACCUAGAAUACAUACCCUUAGAAUAUAUAGUACCACUUUCCAAUGAACUUUCUCACACCGAGGACAGCAGCAGCAGUGACAAUGAUGAAGACCAACAAAAGCAAAUAGCUACACAAACACCAAACCAAGAUGAUGAAAAAAUCAAUCGUAAGCGAAAGUGCAUACUAGGCUGUGGCGGUAAGCGUUCACUACACAGUUUGCCAUCUAUCGAAAACGAGUUGGAAAGACGUGAAAAAUGGCUGUACCAGCUAGGCAAGGAUCCAGCAUUAUGCAAAAAGAAACGCAUUUAUGUUUGUGAUCUACACUUCGACAUACAUAUGGUGGGAAAAUCACAUUUAAUACGCGGUGCAUUUCCGAAUAAAAAUUUGCCGCCACCGCUAAUAAAAUCAAUACCAGAGGAAUUGGAGGCGCAAACAGAGUGCCUGCAAAAGUGUUCAGACUAUAAGCGAAAGUUCAAAUUUCCAACGCUCGAUCGUAAAAGGCGCGAGGAGUGGCUAUUAAAAUUUGGGCGUAGUCCUGCGUUCUACACGCAUGACAUCUACGCGUGCGAUCGUCAUUUUAGUGAUGAAAUGAGAGUUGGCCCCUAUUUACAACCGCACGCCAUACCAGAUCAAAAUUUGACGCUCAGAAUAUUGGAAGAGGAUAAUACUAGUAAUUAUGUGAUCAAAACUUGGUCGCUAGAAAGAUUACAAGCUUUAGCGAAUGUUACGACGACAGCAGCAGCUGAUGCAACAACAACUACAGCAAGUACAGUGAUUUCGCCAACCGAUACAAUAACUGCUGCAACAACUGCAACGAUUUCACCAUAUUUUACCGCAACAACAACUGAUACACCACCUCAAAUUACAGCGCAAACGCCAACAAGUGAACAAUCAGCACAAAUUGAGAACAUUCUUGGCCAACUAAAAAUGACCGUUACGUCAACGGCUAAUCAGAAAGCACAAUCAGCAGUAGAAUAUGUCAAAAUGCAAACAUUAGGUGUAUUCAUGCAACAUAAAGAUGGUUAUGUGGUGCCAAUGAGACAAAUUUUAAAUGCAGUUGAUCCCUUAGACUGCAGCGCAUAUCAGCUAAUGGACUAUGUUAAAACGAUUGAACCCCAACUAAAUAUAAAAGUGUAUUCAAUACCAAAAGAGAUCUACGAAGGCAUUAGUGAGCUUAGUGAAGUUGAUACUAGCUUGCCACCAAGUCCCACGUAUAAUAACGCGACAGUUGAAGAGGUUGACGAAGAUGCCCGAAUAUACAACACAAAGCGAAAUAAUUAUGAUUCAGGCUACAACACGGCGAAAAAGGUGAAAUUUACGCAAGCGUAUGAUGAACAACAAAAUAACGGCGAUUUAUGGUUGCAUUCAGACAACUACGAAUGCAGCAACAGUUUAGAGAAUGCGCAGAUAUACAACAUCAAACGAAAUAAUUAUAAUCCAGGCUACAACACGGCGAAAACGGUGACAUUUACGCAAGCAUUUGAUGAACAGCAAAAUAACGAGAAUUUUUGGAGACGUGCAGACAACUACUAUUGCCACAAAAAUAAUGCUGACGUGUUGAACAACUUUAGUGCCAACGGUGUAACCGAAGCAAGUGCUGAAUUCGCCGUAACGGAAGAUCCGAUAUUAGAGCAACUGGCCGAAACUUAUCCUACAGAAAGUUUUUCGCUAACGCUGGGCAAAAAUAAUAGAUUAGUCAAAUAUGGCAACGAAACAGGCAGCGUAAGUAAAGCUGAAAACGUAAUAAUACCUGACGAGCCAAAAGCUGCUGGCAAGUUGUUAAGACAAAAGAUAACGGAAACCGUUAAUAAGCGCCUAAUAACGGUACAACCAACACAAUUAAAAGCAGCAACCGUUAAAAACGCGGUAAUACAGGAACAAAUGAAACCGCAACCGCAACAACAACAACAACAACAUAGUAAAAAUUCUCUAACAAGGGCGGUAGCUUUGGCCGAGAGUUGGCAGCAAGUGGUGCAGACCAUGCAAAAAGAGGUGACUACUAACGGCACUUAUGUAACAAGCAUGCAGAAGCCGCCAGAUGCCAUUGCGCUGGCGGCCAGAAAGUUAGUGGAGGAAAUAAAGCAAGCUGGUGAAAGGGAAAAAAUAAGCAUAGACCAAAAAAGAAUUGCUGGCAAUUUGACGGGUGCCAGCCUAAUUGGAAAACCAAUAAUAACGCACAUAGCAAAUAGCGCGCAAAGUGCAUGUGGCCUCGCCACAACACAAGUGCCAACAAAAAUAUUUAAUAAAGAAGAUCCGAAUGCUUUCAAAAUCACCAGCGUGGAGAUAAUAAACGGCAAACAACCGUUUAUUGCUGUAGGCAAUUCAAAUUUGAAAGUAACGCCUGCAACUCAGAACGAUGCGCAUCGCGCAAAAAUAACAAGCGUAGAAAUAAUAAACAGCAAACAGCCAAUGCACGCAGCUAACGGAAAUAUAGUAACAUUUUCGGAAAAGAGCACACCACAAAUUCUACCAAAUCGAACAGAAAUUAUGCAAACGAUGCAUAGACCGACAGCAGCCAAAGCCACUAGCACUACAACAGCAUUUGCCACAACCACAACACCAUUUGCCAUUGCUACAAGUGCCGCGCACGCGCAACCCGAACCAAUGAGUGAUACAAUCGAGAAAUUGUUGUCCAAAGCAAAGCAGAUUUUGAAUACAAAAAACACUGCAGCGCCUGUAAACAACAACAAACUUAUGUUAUAUAACACGCUGGACGUUGAUGACGACGAUUUGCUGAAGUAUAGUGAAACAGAAAUAAACUUUCCGCCAGUAACCACAACUCAGCAUGACGAAGAUAACGAUGUGGAGCCCUAUUGUGUUUUGAAAUGCGCCUAUUCCCGCAAACUCUACGAAUUUCCUACACCCGACGCACAGACUUUCCAGCGUCAUUUUUGGUUUCUACAACUCGGCUUGGAUAUAGCGGCCGAUUGGCGUAAACCGCUGUAUAUUUGCGAGAAACACUUCGAUGACACAAUGUUGUUGCCACCGGAUAAUACGCUUAAUGAGUACGCGUAUCCAUGCCAGUCGCUAAUGCGGCAACUAAAUAAACCCACAACAACUGUUGGCACACAAACGUGCCAUAGCGCCGUGGAGUAUAGACAGAAGUUGUUCGAUCAAAUAGCGAAUUUGCAGGAGACGUUGCGCCAACAGAAAAUGGAAAAGAAACGCGUUAAGGUUUUGAUACGUCUAAAGCAGGAGGCGGCGCGGUUAGUAGCCGAAAUUGAGGAGGCGAAAAAUGCGCCGAAACUGUUAACUAUUUAUAAUAAAUAAUAAUUAUUGUAUGGAAUACUUGUAUAAUGUAUGCUAUAGUAUAUGUAAGUGUAUAAAACUGGUUUUUACCUAAAUUUAGUUUUAGCUAUCAUUAAAAUUAAUAAAUAAAAACUAUUCUUUAUAAAUUUAGGCCCAAGGCGUUUAAAUUUAAGCAUGUAUCUGAAAAAAUGCUUGACUAUUACGUGUAGCAAAAUAUUUUUUUUAUAAUAAAAACUUUGAAAGCACAUAUUAAUAUAUUAAAAAAAAAUAUUUUUAUUAAAAAAAAUUUCGAAGAUUAAAAAAUUCUAUUUUCUUAUUUUUCCGCUAUAUUCAUUACAUAUAUACCGCCUGCUAUUAAUUUUUCUAUAAAUUUUUUAAACUUUUUAAAUUAUACGAAGAUUAAAAAAAAUAAAAAUUCUAUUUUCUUAUUUUCGCACCAUAUAUUUAUUCCUAAUAUUUCGCUUCCUGUUGAUUUUUAUAAUUAUUUAAAGCUUUUCAAAUUUUUUGAAGAUUAAAAAAUUAUAUUUGCUUACUUUUGGCAAUAUAUCGAAACCCAAUACCCAAUUGCUAUUUAUUUUAGAAAUUUUUUAAAACUUUUCAAAUUGCUCGAAGAUUAAAAUUUUAUAUUUUCUUGCCACUUGCACUAUAUCCAAGCCUACAUAAAUAUGUACAUAUGUAUGUAUGUAAUAUUGCGGUUGCUUUUGAUUUGCAUAAUUUUUUAAGAUUAUAAAUUGUUUCGCACAUUAAGAAAACUCUUAUUAUGUCGUUUCUCACCUAACAUACAUAUAUUCAGACUGCUUUUGGUAUUUCUAAUUUUUUAAACUUUUUUUGAAUUUUUCGAAAAUUAAAAAAUUGUAUUUUUUAUUUUUUGCCUAUAUCUUGAUUGUAAAAUUCUAUUUUCUAAUAUUCUGAUUACUAUUGAUUUUUAUAAUGUUUCAAAGCUUUUCAAAUUUUUCGAAAAUUAAAAAAUUAUAGUUUCUUACUUUUUGCACUAUAUCCAAACCUAAUAUUCCGAUUGCUGUUGAUUUUAAUAAUUUUUUAAAGCUUUAUAAAUUUCUCGAAGAUGUUAUUCGAUAUUUUCUUAUUCUUCCGCUAUAUUCAUUCCUAGUAUUGCAAUUGCUAUUGAUUUUUAUAAUGUUUCAAAGCUUUUAAAAUUUUUCGAAGAAUAAAAAA